CAUGCGGUAUCAUGUGAAGGGGUCGGGUAUCACAAGUGAACAUGAAACCAGGAUGUGUUCCCAUGAAAUUUGCAUGUCAACCAGACAGAGAGCAAGUUAUUACAGGAUGUCAAUCCUCUUUGCAGUAUGGGGACCAAUUUAAAAGUCCAGUGCACAUUAAGGAGCAGACAGACAAUAUGCAGCAUUCUGACUGUCAGAUGGAGACACAGUGUGCGGAUCAAAUUAAACAGGAGUCCUCAUGCUCGGAUGAGGAGUGCAGCACGAGUAAAGCAGUGAUGCUGGCCAGCCUGUAUACUAACCAGAAACCCUUAUGUUCAGACAGCGCAGGCUAUGGUGUGAGCGAGUCAGAAAAGCUAGCUGAUGAGCUAAAGGAGGAGGCCCUGUCAGACGGCAUAGAGUGUGGCAUGACUGGCAUGAGCGAGUCGACCAUGCUGGCCGGUGUGGAUACUGACCGUGAUGUAACAGAUGGGCUUGUGCUCGGAUCAGAGCAUGUGAAGGAAGAACCUUUGUCGGAUAGCGAAGAGUAUGAAAUGAGUGAGGCAGCCAUGCUGUCAGACCUGUAUGCUGACCAUGUCGUAAAGGAAGAGUUAGUGCUGGGGCCAGAGCAUCCACAUCGGCCAGAUGUAUCUCUGGUAGUCCUCGAAUCAACAUCUGGCUUCUGUGACGUGCAACCUCUACCACACUACCUCGGAGACCACAAUUAUGCAAAAGAAUCUUCAACAGCAGUAGAAUCAACAUCUAUCUUCUGUGACGUGCAACCUCUACCACACUACCUCGGAGACCACAAUUAUGCAAAAGAAUCUUCAACAGCAGUAGUAUUUGAAGAAAAACCGUCACAAGAGCGCGUCCUUAGUCGAAACUCUCCGCUCGCGCUCCGAGACUGCUGCGUGCGGCUCGAAUGCCUCCAACACCACGAGGCUCUCGCCGGCAACGACACUACCCAAGUCACAACACACACUGACACGGAUUCUAAAAUAAUAAAAACAGAGCCAACGGUCUACGAAUGUAAUAAAGAAGAUAAGAAAACAUACCCCUGCGAAACAUGUGGAAUGCAUUUUACACAAAAAGUGUAUUCGAUUAUACAUAAACGAAUUCACACUGCCGAAAGGCUUUAUUCGUGUAACUUAUGCGAAAAACGUUUUAAAACUUCUGGUUGUUUGAAAAUUCAUGAACGUGUUCAUAUUGGUGUAAAGCCAUAUUCGGGCGAACCCUGUAACAAGCAGUUUCAGGAUGUGCGGCUAUUAAACGAAUAUAAAAAAGUUCAUACAGGUGAAAAACCAUAUAUGUGCGAAAUAUGUAAAAAACAGUUUUCGAACAUACCGUUUUUAAAUAUACACAAAGUUACCCACACGGGUAUUACGUGUCAAAUUUGUAAGGAACAUUUUAGGCAAUGGGAAAAAUUUCGAAUUCAUAAGCGAACUCACACAGGCGGGACGAUAUAUACGUGCGCGCUGUGUAAUAUGAAGUUUGCAAGUGUCUGGAAAUUCAAUGCGCACAAACGUACACAUAUAAACGAGAGGCCAUACGCAUGUGGAAUAUGUGGAAAGCGGUAUACACUAGCUUCUCAUUUAACGAGACAUAAUCGGUAUCACACUGGUGAAAAACCUUUCUCCUGCAAGAUGUGUGAUAAGAAAUAUUCGGAACGAGAUUCUUUGUGCAAACACAUACUAAGCCAUACUGGAGUUAAGCCUUAUUCUUGCGAAAUCUGCAAAAAACGGUUCGCGCAAAAGAGCUAUUUGAACAGACACAUACUAAGCCAUACUGGAGCGAAGCCUUAUUCUUGCGAAAUCUGCAAAAAAAGGUUCGCGCAAAAGAGCAAUUUGAACACACACGUACUAAGCCAUACUGGAACGAAGCCUUAUUCUUGCGAAAUCUGCAAAAAACGGUUCGCGCUAAAGGGCAAUUUAAACACACACAUACGAAGCCAUACUGGAGCGAAGCCUUAUUCUUGCGAAAUCUGCAAAAAACGGUUCUCGCAAAAUUGCAGUUUGAGUAGACACAUACUAAGCCAUACUGGAGCGAAACCUUAUUCUUGCGAAAUCUGCAAAAUACGGUUCGCGCAUAAGGGCAAUUUGAACUCACACAUACGAAGCCAUACUGGAGCGAAGCCUUAUUCUUGCGAAAUCUGCAAAAAACGGUUCGCGCUAAAGGGCAAUUUAAACACACACAUACGAAGCCAUACUGGAGCGAAGCCUUAUUCUUGCGGAAUCUGCAAAAAACGUUUCUCGACAAAUUGCAGUUUGAGCAGACACAUACUAAGCCAUACUGGAGCGAAGCCUUAUUCUUGCGAAAUCUGCAAAAAACGGUUCGCGCACAAAAGCAGUUUGAACACACACAUACGAAGCCAUACUGGAGUGAAGCCUUAUUCUUGCUUAAGAUAAGAUCAGAUAUUUUAAGAAUUUAAAAAAUCAUAAUAUGCGAUGUACGUUAAAUGAACUUUUAGCA